AUGAUCAUAACGCAUAACCACUUCAUCACAGAAUUCUUCCUCCCCACAAUCAGCGUUUUUCUCGCAUUUUCUCGAGAAAUUUCCGUCAGCAUCCUUGUCAAGAGCCGGUUUGAGUUCGUCAGCAGUUGUUAG